CCCUGGGCGUGUCAGGUACUCUGGUUGACAAUGGCUGACGAUCACGAGAAAGAUUUGCAGAAAUUUCUUAAAAAUGUGGAUGAAAUCACCAGUUUAAUCCAAGAGAUGAAUUCUGAUGACCCGCUUGUACAGCAGAAAGCUAUCCUGGAGACAGAAAAGAGACUACUGUUUACAGAGGAAGUCCACGAGGAGGACGGGUGCUGGACCACUCUGAACAAGACCAUGAUCAGUCCUCCGCAAGCUCCUCUGGAGAAUGCAGAUGGGAUAAGCUCAGAAGCCUUUUUGGCAUCUAUGGAGUUGGAUGCAAGAGAACGUGCCAGGAGAAGAAGGGAAAACAAAGUCUUAGCAGAUGCCCUAAAAGAAAAGGGGAAUGAAGCCUUCGCCAGAGGGGACUAUGAAGCAGCCAUCGUGUGCUACAGUGAGGGUCUGGACAAGCUGAAGGACAUGAAGGUGCUCUACACCAACAGGGCCCAGGCUUAUCUAAAACUCGGGGACUACCAAAAGGCAGUAGUGGAUUGCGAGUGGGCUCUGAAGUGUGAUGAAAAAUGCACAAAAGCCUAUUUCCACAUGGGAAGAGCCCACCUGGCCCUGAAGAACUACAGUGUGGCUAGAGAGUGUUAUCAGAAGAUCUCAGAAAUAAACCCCCAACUGCAGGCCCAGGUGAAAGAUUACCUGAAUCAAGUGAAUCUCCGGGAGAAAGCAGACCUUCAAGAGAAGGAAGCCCACAGAUCGCUGGAUGCGGGAAAGAACACGGCCGUGACCGUCAGAAAUCUCCUGGAGACGCUGUGCAAGCCCGAUCAGACCCCCUUAUUCUACGCAGGAGGGAUUGAAAUCCUGACUGAAAUGAUGAAGGACUGCACGGAACAAACUUUAUUCAGGACACACAGUGGAUUCAGUCUCAUCAGCAAGAAUGCGGUCCUGAGAAGGUGCUUUUCCACAGCAGAAAAAGAUGCAGCGGAAGAGAUGGUGUGCGUGUGUGUCCUCAGGCUCUGGCAAGCAGUGUGCGCGGGGAACGAGGAAAACCAGCGCCUACUGCUGGAGAGCCCAGACCUGGGCCGGCUGCUGCCUUCCUUGCUGGCCUCCAGGGUUUUGACCGUCCGCCAGCAGAGCCUGGCCCUGCUCCUGCAGCUCGCGCAGACGGACCACGGACGGGGCCUGAUCAUCAGCCACCUUGACCUGACCCGAUUUUUGGAAGCCCUGGUGUCAUUUCUUGAUUUCUCAGAUAAGGAGGCCAACUCAGCUAUGGGACUGCUCACAGACUUGGCUCUGGAAGAAAGAUUCCAAGUCUGGUUCCAGGCCAACCUUCCAGGUGCGCUCCUGGCGCUCACAGGUGUUCUGAAGAGAGACCCCAUGAUAACCAACCCCUCAGCUCUCCGCCGGUGCAUUGCCCUCAUGGGGAACCUCAGUGCUGAGGCCGCCAUCCGAAGACAGAUGUCUGCCUCUGAAGAAUUCCGGGAGGCCUGUUUGGGCCUUAUGGUCCGGUGUGAGGAGGACAUGGGCCUGUUCAGAGAGAUCUUGUACAUGCUCCUGGGACUUGUGAUGAACUUGUGUCUUCAGUCCCCCAUCCUCUACGAGGUUUGGGCCUCGGAGGUGAGCAAGAGGUGCAUCUUUCUACUGAACAGCCAGGAUGGAGGGAUCCUGACAAGAGCUGCCGGUGUCCUAAGCCGCACCCUUUCUUCCUCCCGGAAGAUCGUGGAGGAGGCCCUGAGAGCCGGAGUGGUGAAGAAGAUGAUUAAGUUCUUGAAGACAGGGGGCCAGACGGCAUCACGCUACGCCAUAAAGACACUAGCUGUCUGCACAAACAGCUCUCACGAGGCGCGAGAAGAAGUGAUGAGACUGGAUAAAAAGUUCGGCAUUCUCCUGACGCUGCUCCGCUCCGAGGACGAGGUCGUGGUGGGCAAUGCCGCCCUCUGCCUGGGGAACUGCAUGGAGGCGCCCGGCGCGGCGACCUCCCUAUGGAAGACUGAUGUCGUGCAGCUGUUGCUGCGACACGCGGGGGGCGAUGCGCAGAAGACGGCCGUGCAGCUGAACGCGGGGAUCGCUCUGGGCAAGCUGUGCACGGCCGAGCCCAGAUUUGCCGCUCAGCUGCGGGAGCUGCACGGGCUGGAGAUUCUCAGCUCCAUGAUGAAGUACGUCGCUCAUUAAGACACGUGGUGUCUGUGCACGUUUUUCACAAAUGCAGAGCCGGGUGCUGUGGGUGGUCCCGGUGCUAAUAAAGACUUUCCGAAUGUCCGCUCCAGAGAUGAA